GUUGCAACGAAUGAAUUUUUUUAAAAAAUGAAAUGUCACAAAAUAAACGUCAAAGACACAGGAGUGUUCAAAAAAGCAUCAGAUAUAAGAGAGUUUAGUACUUGCGGAUACGACUGUUGUGUAAAAUUUCUUUGAGAAACGAAAAAAAGUUUGAGGGAUUAUAAAAUUUGUAAAAAUUAAUGAAGAGUACGAAAGUUAAUUAUAAUUAUGAAACGAAGGACAGAAGCAGCUGGAAAAUUGAGGAGAACAAUUAAAAGGAAUAAUGGCUUAAAUGGAAAUGGGUCUACAGCAUUCUUCUUCUACUUAAAAAUUAUCCUCAUUUGGGCUUCAGUGAUUUUUUGUGAUUACAUGUCGGAAUUAAGAGUUGAAUACCUCUGGCCUUUUUGGCUACUUUUGCGCUCAGUUUAUGAUUCAUACAAAUACAAAGGACUGGCAUUUUCGUUUCUUUUUAUUUGCAUAUGUAUCACAAGUGAUUUGAUAUGUUUAUUUCUUAUUCCCAUCCAAUGGAUAUUUUUUGUUGCAUCGACAUAUGUAAUGAUACAAUUUGUAUGGAUACAUACCGAUAAAAUAUGUCUACCUACGAUCAUUUUAUGGUUAAUUUUCGUAUGGAUGGAAGCAAAAAUUCGAUGGAAGGACAAUCGAAAUAUCCCUCAUUUAGACUUGUGUCGUCCGUUUGCUGCACAUUGUAUUGGAUAUCCUGUUGUAACACUUGGUUUUGGAUUUAAAAGCUACAUAGGCUAUCGAAUACGACAGAGGAAACAGAAGGAAGUGUCGAAAGAAAAUGAAUUUUAUAUGCAACUUCUUCAACAAGCAUUACCGCAGGAAGAGGUUGAGAAGAGUGAAGAGCAAACCGACAGUACAGAUACAUCAAAUAUUUCUACAAAUACGGCAACAUCUCCCAAUAAUAAUGUUGCAGCUUCUUGUAAAAAUACUCAAAACCAUCACAAUAAUCAUCAAAAUCAUCACAGUCAUAAUAGUAGUAAGGUGAAUUCAAAUGGCUCAAUAAAUAACAGCCAUUGUGAGAUGAAUGGCAGUGUAAAUAAUUCAAAGCAGCAGAAUGUUCGAAAAAAUACAGAGAAAGAGAAAGAAAAUGGUUGUAUACAACAUUUAGACAACAAUCAUCAGCAUAAUCAAGAAAGCAUACCGAAUAAUGCAAUUUUAAGUAACCACAGCAAAAAUAAUAGCAAGACAGCCAAUCAUUUAAAUUUCAACAAUUUACAAAGUGUAAAGAAUACAAACACGACUUCAUAUCAACAGAUACAGAAUGGUAUUACAAAAGAACUGAAUGUUCCAGCCAAGUGCUCUCCAUAUAAGAAUAAAGAUGAUCACAAUACAUAUAUUGCGUCAAAUAAUAAGAAAGAGUAUGAAAAGGAGAAAAUUAUUAAGGAUACAAAUUAUGAUGAGACAAUUACGACAAGUAAUAAUGAAAUUCCACCUAGUCAAAAACGAAAGGAUAAACAGCAGCAGCAACAGCAAAAAGAUAAUCAGCAGUAUCAUCAACAACAUCAGCAGAAUGCUUCAAAUAAUAAUCAUAAUAAUAAUAAUAGUACUAGUAAUUGUAAUAAUCAACUUAAUAAUGAGAAAAAUAAGGUCUGCGAGCAUUGUCAACGACUUGAACAGGAUUCGAAACGACUUAAAUCUGAACUUCAGAGCCUCAAAUCAUUAGAACAGGAAGUGAGACAAAAGUAUGAGAAUGUUAAAGGAUGCUUACAAACCAAGACGAAGGAAACCGAGGAUAUACAGAAACAAUACCUAGAUGUACAAGCUCAAGAACGACGUACUCGUCAGCAUUUCGAAGCACAAUUAAAUCAAGAGAAAAGACUUCGGAAGCAUGCUGAAGAAAAGGCAAACAUGAUUAGAUGCCCCGACUCGUGCAAGAUGAAGAAAAUGCAUUUGGAGAGUGAGAAUAACAAGCUAAGACGUGAAUACAUGCUUUUGGACGAAGUUAAAAAUAAUUUUGAGAAACAGAAUCGCUUAUAUGAGCAAGAGUUGCGAAAGUAUGAGGUUGAAUUUAGGAAUCGUGAUCAGAAUCAUAAUGUUGCGCUUCAGAAUGCUUUGAUUAUAAUGCAGGAGAAAAAUGCAACACUUGAAAAGAAUUUGUCUGCAGAAACGAGAAUUAAACUCGAUUUGUUUUCGGCUUUAGGCGAGGCACGUCGACAAUUGGAAAUCAAAGAUAACUGCUUGCGUAAUAAGGACAAACAAUUAGAAGAUUUAGAGGCAAAAACUGUUCAAAUCUUAGCAAUUAUGCCAUCUUUAAACGAUACUCAUUUUCAAAUGAACUCUUUAGCCAUGACUGCAUCUUCUAGUAUGGAACAACCCGAUAGUUUUGCUAAAAAUCCUCAGCUUAACGCUGGUUAAGCAUGAUGACUAAUGGAUCUUAUUCAGGCUGCGCUUUUCAUGAUGAUGAUGAUGAUGAUAUUUGUUUUAUUAUUUUAGUUUCUUGAAUAAAAUAACUUAUCGACUUUUUUGAAUGUACCAUGAAAGAAAGAAAAGGAAGAGAA